GAGAAGAUGAAGAAGGAGAUGAACAUCCGGCAGCUGAAGGUGGAGCAGAGAUUAUCCGUUGCUGCCUGCCAGCUGGCUCUGGAGCACCAGGCCAAGGCCAAACCCAAGAAGAGCAAGGCGAAGGCCAAAGAUAAAGCUAAAGCCAAAGCCGAGAAGAAAUUGAAGAGCCCAGAGAGCUCAAAGAGCCCCGAGAGCCUGAAGAGCCCCAAGAGCCUGAAGGCUAAAGUGGUUGCUGCCUGGGGCCCGCACCCCCACAGCGUCUAUGCCCAUGCCAAGCCCAAGGUGGCAGCAGCGAAGGAGGGUGUAAGCGUGCGGAGAGGUCCUGGAGUGCCGAGAGACAAGGAGAGCAACCAGUACAAGAUCCUGCAGCAGACCAUGCAGUCCAGCCUCGAGUGCUACCUGUUCCUGCAGCAGCCAGAGGAGGCUGAGAGGUUCCUUUUCUUGUACCACAACUCCCCUGCGAAGAGGGGGCUUUUGGAUGUCAACGCGUACAACGUCGUGAUGCGCAGCUGGGCAAGAGCGCAGCAGAUCUCGGUCUCCCCACCCGAGUGUGAAGGUGAAAGCUGCUCAGCAGCAGUGCAGGCAGAGGGAUGUGUGGAGCAGCUGAUGAGCAAUGGCUUCCACGUGGAUGAGCUCUUCCAGAAGUGCCUGUUUGAGGAAGAUGAGAAGGAGAAAGUGCUGAGGGCCAUCAGGAUUGUCCUGCCCAACUACCAGCUGCCCCCUCCACCCAACCCCGAGACCUGCAAAUCUUCUCUGCUCCAGGACUUCUACUCCAAAGAGAAGGUGGUGUCGUACCCCAAGCUGGAUUUCUCUGUGGAGGAGUUGCAGGAGCGCUUUCAGCAGCAGCUGGAGAUGGAGAUGGAGAACACUGUAACCAUCAAGUCCGUGGAGUCAGCCAAACCUCUGACCCCACAAGCCAUUAAAGCGCGCACGCUCCUGGCCACCCUCCGCUCCCAGUGGCACGACUCCAUCCUCCAGGCGCUGCAGAAGUCAAAGCACAGCAUGGCCAAGACGGUGUCGAGAGACAACAGCCUCUACCCCUACCUGUGCCUGCUGCCGGAGGAGGAGUACGUGAGCAUCAUGCUGCAGAUCCUCAACACCCUCUCUCCCCAAGGAGAGUCCCUGGCUGUCCUGGCCAGGGAACUGGGCUCUAAAGUCUACAACCGAUACGUCACCCAUAGGAAGCUGCGCAGCCGCCAGCUGGAGAAGGUGCAGCAGGUCUACAAGGACUACAUCCACCUGCUGGCGAAGGACAGCCAGCCGGACACGUACUUGCCCCGGGAGUACUGGGAGAAGCUGGUGGCAGAAGCAGGCUUCGGGCCGUCCCUGAACCUGAAGGACUGCACCUGGCCGUGCAUGCUGCUCUUGCGGCUGGGCAUGCACCUGCUGCAGCUCCUGGUGCAGGCUGUCAAGGUGCCCAGGAACUUGCUCAAUCCUCGCCUGGAGUCCAAGCUCAUCCCCGUGCUCUACCACAUCUACUCCUUCCGCAGCAGCGGGCAGAUUGGGCUGGUAAAGCCCCAUCCCAUCUUCUCCCAGAUUGUGUCAGAUGCUGCAGAGACAAUGCUGACCUUCAACUCCUCUGCCAUACCUAUGUUGUGCCCACCGGUGCCCUGGACCUCCCCUCAUUUUGGUGCCUUUCUCCUGAACGACACGAAGCUGAUGCGCUUCGUGGAUGGGGUGCUGCUGGAGCAGUGUCCCCCCGUGAACCUCCACCCCGUGCUGGACGCCCUCAACCAGCUGGGCAACUGCGCCUGGAAGAUCAACCAGCCAGUGCUGGACAUCAUCAUUUCCAUCUUCAAUGACAAAGGCAACGAGAAGCUGGACAUCCCACCGCCCCUCUCUGAGGCCCCCAAGCCUCCUGCCGUUCCCGGCAGCAUCUCUGGCUGGAGCAAGGCCCAGAAGCACGAGCUGCUGCUGUGCAGGAAGAAGGCGGCCGAAAUGCACAGCCUGCGCAUGGACGCGCUCUACAAGCUCUCCAUCGCCAACUACAUCCGGGACAAGGUGUUCUGGUUUCCUCACAACAUGGACUUCCGAGGCAGGACUUACCCUUGCCCGCCGUACUUCAACCACCUGGGUAACGAUGUCACCCGGGCCAUCCUGCUCUUUGCGGAGGGACGGCCACUGGGGCCCAAGGGCCUCGACUGGCUGAAGAUCCACCUUGUCAACCUCACGGGGCUGAAGAAGAAGAACGCCUUGCAGGAGCGGCUGGAGUACGCCAACGAGCUCAUGGAGGAGAUCCUGGACUCAGCCGACCACCCACUCACGGGCAGGAAGUGGUGGAUGAGCACCGACGA